AUGUUGGGUCUAACUCAGGCACUGCUGCUGUCGGUGUAUGCUGGAGCAGCCUACGCAAAGACUGUUAGCUACGACUUCGAUGUCGGCUACGUUACUGCUGCGCCUGACGGCUUCGAGAGGCAGGUCAUAGGAAUAAACGGCAAAUGGCCUAUUCCUACCAUCGAAUGCGAUGAAGGCGAUACUGUACAAGUGACAGUUCACAACAGCCUUCCAGAUCAGACAACUGCUCUCCAUUUCCAUGGUAUAUGGCAAAAAGGCACCCAGGUCUAUGACGGCCCCAGUGGGGUCACUCAGUGUCCCAUUCGACCUGGAGGCUCUUUCACUUACACAUUCGUUGCCAACCCUGCUGGUACUCACUGGUACCAUGCGCACGAGAAAGGGCAAUACCCCGAUGGUCUGCGAGGCAAGAUGAUUGUACACGACAGAGCCUGGGAGAAGAGCCUGAACAUUGACGAACAGAAGUACCUUUCCAUGUCAGACUGGUACCAUCGCCCAAUGCCAGAAAUGAUUGAGGAGUAUAUGAGCCCUUCCAAUACCAACGCCGACUUUGCUUCGCCCGACUCUUUCCUCUUUGACGACACCGACAAGCCUUUCAACCUCAAGAUUGCCAAGGGCAAAAGGUACCUGCUUCGUAUCGUCAAUACUGCUGCCGUUGCAUGUGCCCGAUUCCAUAUCGAUGGCUACACGCUCAGCGUAGUCGAAGUCGACGGUGUGCAAUCACAGCCUAGGGAUGCGGAAACGAUCAUCAUUUGCGCAGGCCAGAGCUACGGUGUGAUUGUGCAAGGCCAGAAGGACCCGAAAGGAGGAACCAAUUGGAUCGCACAAAUGGACACAGACAUGAUGACAAAGCCUCCCCCUUCUAAACAGUCACGAACCAUCAUCGGAGAGAUGUCCUACAUGAAGGACGUCUUCGACGAGAUUGAUGAUGUCAUCGACGAAAUUAGUGAUGAGAUUGAUCACAUCCUCGACGACAACUGGACUGCAGCACCCGACACUAUCCUUGACGACUUCAAAGUGAAGCCACUUGACAACCAGGGGCUUUUGGGACCAGUCGACAACAACAUUGAGUUUACGACCAACCAGACAUACUUCGAGGGCGUCGGUACCCGUACACCUCUCAACUCACAACCAUGGGUUCCACCUCAAGUCCCCUCGCUCUACACUGCUUUGACAACCGGUAGCAUGGAUCCCGCAACAUAUGGUCCUGGCAUCAACCCCUGGGUCGUCAAGUCCGGCCAAAUCGUCCAGAUUCACAUGCGAAACCCACACAUGUACCCCCACCCCAUGCAUCUUCACGGCCAUAUCUUCCAGGUCGUCGCCAAGGGUGUCGGAGCUUGGAACGGCGAUGAGGACCUGCUUCCGGAAGUACCCGCGAAACGUGAUGGUGUCGUUGUUCCGGCUUUCGGCUACGCUGUCAUUCGUUUCAAGGCUGAUAACCCGGGUGUUUGGUUUUUCCAUUGCCAUAUCGACUUCCAUCUCGUUGGUGGUAUGGCUGCAACCAUCAUUGAGUCCCCCGACAAGCUGUCUGGCUCUGUUCCCGCUGCUGGUGUCGCACUUUGCGAUGCAGGAAAGAAGAAGUCGAGCGGUAACUGCGCUGGCGAGAAGGGAGAGAUCUCUGCGAAGGAUGCAAGCACCAAGUGCAACAAUGUCUACAACACCAAAGUGCGGGGCGCUUUGAUUGAGUAG